CAGACUAAAUGACAAAUACCAAAUGGAGAGGACGUUACACAGAAUCCGAGAAUCCCGAUAGUGCGAAACAGGCGCUUCGGCACAACAAGCCAAAGUGGCGCUCAGAGCAUCCCACACAGGCCCACCCCGCUGGAAACCACCGAUACUACACAUUCCUGAACACUAGGGGUAGUUCAGUGUGACCAAUCCACACAGCUUCUAUUUCUUCGGAGUGUGGGAAGAAACCGGGCACCUGGAGGAAAACAACACAGGCACAGGGGGAAAGGGAAAAUUCCCACUCAGACCGUCGCCUGGGGCGAAAUCGAAUCUGGGUCCUGGCGCUGCGAGGCAUCACUGCGCCAGUUCAACGUGUGUCACAUUUCCAGAAAGGCAAUGUCAGCAAUGUCCGACAAGCAAUCCCAGCUCCCAGAUGAAGGGCAAAUUUCUAACUACUUUCAACUGAUGGUGCAGUCGGAGGUUAAUGUGGAGAAAUUUUUGUUACCAACAAUUGCAUGUGUCACUAAUUUAAGUGACCUAGUGCGACAGGUUAGAAAGAUAAAUGAUGUUAAACUGAAGCCAAGCAAUACAGACAAGAAAUCCUUGUUUCCAAAUCCAGAGUCGUUCAAGAGUUGCCUGAUGAAGCUUUGCAAUGAAACCGUAAACUCACUUGAUGAGACCAGCAAUAACUUGCUUAAAAUCCGGAAUAGUUGUAAAGGUAUUACUAACCACCUGGAGAACUUCCUAAAAGCACAAGCAUCAAAUCAACCCUCUGACAAGCAGCUGAACAGCAUUCAGACUUGUGCAAUUCGAUGCAAGGAGAAAGCAGAUUCAGUGGAACAGAAGCUCUUCAGUCUGAGUGGUCUUUACUGUGAGCUCCUGGAGAGGUGUGCAGAUUCCCAGAUUGCCAGUCAGGAUAAACUGGAAGAAAUAAGGGAAUUCCUGGGAAAAGCCAGUGAAAGGAAUAUGGCAAUAAAGAAGGCAAAGAGUGAGUUAGACAAUGAAUGGAGUCAAGUCUCCCAAGGACGUGAGGAAGUCCUCAAUAAAUAUGCGGAUGUGAGCUCCAGUGCUCACGUUGAUGAGUUUUGUGUGGAAGGUCUGAAGAAAAUGAAGGAGAUGCUCCCUGAAAUUGUGGAUUUUUUCAGUAAAGUGACCAAUCCAGUACAGCUGGCAGUGGAGCUGGGGAAAGGGUUAGUGUUUCUCACAAAACUGAUAGCUGAUCUCUCCGGCAAAGGAUCUUCAGAAUCAAACUUGGAAAUCAGUAAGUUCCUCAGCAUGGUUCGAGAACAGGCAGACCAGAAGAUCAAAGAAGUAAAAUGCGAGCUGGAGAAGUCACAAAGUAAGUAUAAAGAUUGUUAUGAAAAUAUGAAACGUUUGGAUGCAGAGAGUGAACAACUAUCAAGAGCGAUACAGGGCACUCAGUCCCAGGAGGAGGCCGUCAAGACCAACCUACAGCUGAUGGUUGAAGGCCUGGAGGUACUUGGGAACAUCCAAUCCAACUGGUCAGAUAUGAUCAAAUUCAUUCAAUGCGUCCCCAAGCUAACUGAAAGUUUCCUGAAGACAUUUGCCCAGUUUGGUAGUAACGCUGAAGGAAUCCCAGAGUGUGCUCCAGAGAUUUUAGCCAGCAAUCAGAUCCAAGUGUCCCAGGCAGUCAGCAUCAUGAACAUCAUUGAGAAAGUGUCUGAAACCUAUGUGCAGAUUUAUGAGGAUUACCUUCAAACUCCGCUGCGUGACCUGAGCUCAUUGCUGGGUGGACAGGGCUCAGACAGCAAGUUUAAUGAUAUUCAGAGAAAAUGUGAAACAGCAAAAGAGAAAAUACGUGAUCGGGUCACUCAGAAACAAGAAGCAUUUACCAAGAAUGGGACUGAAGCUAUUAAAAAACUCUGAUUUGCUGAAAUAAGAAAAUCAAUUUCAGAAAUAGGAGCCAGAGUCAGUCAGUCAGUCAGUCAGUCAAUCAUCCUUCUCAAUCCCAGAUCCUGCUCCGCCACUCAAUGUGCUGAUCUUCUGCCUCUGUUCAUUGACCUGUCUGUUCCAAUAUCAUGACCAACAGUCACACUGAGGAGACACUUUAUCUGCGUUUGUGAUGCAUUCUGCAAAGACGGAGACCAGACUGCAGACAGUACUCCAGGUGUGGGCGUCACGAAGGCUGUCUAUAAUUGGAGCAAGACAUCUGUACUCAUGUACUGUAACCCCAUUACAAUAAGGACCACUAUGCCUGUGCCUUCCUCAUUCAUCACUGCCUCCCUGAUGGCAUUACAUUUCCUAUAAGAACACACCCAGAUCCUUUUCAAUAUGAACAUUUACAACAUUCACACAUUUUAAACAAAUUAGCCUGCUUCACUGUUUUCAAAGCUCCUUCAUAUGUCACAUCCUUGCCUAUUCAGUAAUUUGUACAUAUCUGCUUGUAGCCUCUCUGCCUUCAUUACAUACAAUCCCUCCUUGUUUAAUAAGUACUAAUUUUGCAUUUGUUUUUCCAAAAGAAUUUGCAUUGAUUUUGUGCCUUUCAAAACUACAAAUCUUCCCAAAAUACAUUACAGACAAUUAGGGUGUAUGUAUGGAGCUUUCAGGCCAGGGGAAUUUCAAAGAAUGGGAGGUGAUGUCCUUGGAAUGUUUCCAGGCCUGAGGGUGGGGGAUCUUGACAGGGUAAAUGCUGGAAAGAUGUUUCCUGUCCUGAAGGAGUCUAGAACUGGUUAACAAGAAGGGGCUCUGAUUUGGGACAGAGGUGAGGAGGAAUUUCUUCUCUGAUGGAUUUUUGGAAUUCUUCACUCCUGAGAGCAGUGCAUUUGUGGGUUCAAGGCUGAGUUAAAACAGAUUUUGGAUCAAGAAACAAAACAAAUGGCAAGGGAGAGAGACAGGACACAGAAGACAAAUCCAAAAUCAGAUCAAACAUGAUCUUAGGAAAUCAUCAAGUAAGCUCAAAGGACCAAGCGGUCUACUGGGACUCCUAUUUCUUAAGAUGUGAAUUCAGAAGCAAAUUAAAAUGCUGGGAAUUUAAAACCUACCUAAAUGGGCAGACUUUCUAACCAUCUCAUUAAAAGUUGGUAUCUUCACCACUGUGGCGUUUCCUCAGUGCUAAUCCUCUGUCAGUGCAGUACAUCCUCUUUGUCAUCAUUUAUCUGUAUUACAAACAACAGAAGUCCCAGCACUGAUCCCUUUGGAAUAACACAGGUCACAGACCUCCAGUCAGAAAAACAUCCCUCCACAGAUAUCCUCUGUCUUCUAUGGCCAAGCUAGUUUUGUAUUCAACUUACCAGCUCACUGUGGAUCCCCUGUGACUUAAUCUCCUUGAUCAUUCUCCCAUGAGGAGGAUACCUGGAUGGUUCAUUUUAAAGAAGUCAAUAAAAGGGAAGAGGAACUUUUUUUUAGUAUGGCAUUUCUUGGAAAUCACAUGGUUCCAGACAAUUGUUGGUGCUGGUUACUCUGAAUUGCCUUCAGCGAAGACAUCUGUUUCUUUUUUAAUGGGGCUUUAUGCCUGUUCUAUUUAAAUAGUGUUCUGCUGUCUUGGAUUUUCAGUUGGGGAAAGUGCUGGAAGAAAGGAGCUGCUCAGCUUGAGCCUUCUGUAUCAGCAGCAGCGUUCUGGUGGAUCCCAUGCGACACCUGAUUACCCACUGAGCCUGCACAGGAAACAGAAUGAAGGAUUUUUACCAAUGACCUUUCAGGAGGCAAAGGUCCCUGAGGCAUAGGCUCAGCUUGGAGACUACGUGUGCCAGGACCCCACAUCAGCUCCCACUCUGUGCUGCCUACAAGACUGCGUACUCAGCCCCUUACUGUACUCAUUAUAUCCCUUAAAACUGUGUGGCCAAAUUCGCCUUGAACUCCAUUUGCAAGUUUGCUGAUGACACCAUCAUAGUGGGUCGGAUUUCAAACAAUGACGAGACAGAAUAUGGGAAAGAGAUUGAGUAUUCAGUGGCAAGGUGUAAAGAUAACAAUCUCUCCCUCAAUAUCAGCAAAACAAAGUAGCCGGUCAGCAACUUCAGGAAACAGAGUGGACGAGACAGCCCUGUCUGUAGCAAUAGUGCUGUGGAGUAGGAGGUCAAAAGCUUCAAGUUCCUAGGGGUAACAAUCACUGAUGAUCUGUCUUUGUCCAUCCACGUCAAUGCUCUAGUCAUGAAAACACACCAACACCUCUACUUCAUCAGGAGGCUAAGGAAAUCCAGCAUUUCAGUAAGGACUCUUACCAAUUUGUAUAGAUGCACUAUAGAAAACAUUCUGUCCAGAUGCAUACAGCAUGGCUUGGCACCUGCUCUGCUCAGAACUGUUAAGAAAUUACAGAGAGUCAUGAAUACAGCCCAGUCCAUCAUGGAAACCAGCCUUCCUUCCAUUGCCUCUGUCUAUACUUGCCACUGGUUCAGGAAAGCAGCCAACAUCAUCAAAGACCCCACCACCACCCUGGUUAUACUGUCUUCCCCAUCCUCGUCCAACGGGCAGCGGAUACAAAAGUUUGAAAACACAUACUAACAGAUUUAAGAACAUCUUCUUCCCUGCUGUUAUCAGCCUUAUGAAUGGACAGCUCAUAUAUUAGAGUUGAUCUUUCUCUGUAGCUGUAACACUAUAUUCUGCAUCCUGUUACCCUGAUGUACUUAUGUAAAGUAUGAUUUGUCUGGAUGGCACGUAAUACAAUGCUAAUCACUGGAUCUCUUGUACAUGUGACGAUGAAUCAAAUUUAAAAAAAACCCUGAACAUCUCAAACUUUUUUUGCCUUUGAGAGCUAAAGUUUAUUGGUCAAAGUGUAUCUUCUCAAAAUGAAUCUUUCCUGUUAGAAAUUCAUUUUUGCCCCUUUUCAUGCUGUGAAUCGAUGUCUGUUUGUGUGGGUGCUCUUGAGUUUAUUUCAAGAAAGCAUUUGUAUAUUCAUCCAAUAAACUGUGUGUUAACCAA